CCGGCGCUGCAUCGCCCGCGCCGAGACAUUUCGGCGUCGCUCAGGUCAAUCCGUGCAUUCCUUCCAUCGCGCGCCCGCCCAUUUAGUCGAUCCGUUGCCAUGGCGCCUCCCCAGAGCGGCGACGGCGGCGCGGCGGCAGGAGAUCUCCUGGAGACCGGGCUGCUGGCCGCGGCCGCCGCCGGCGCCUUCAAGGAGGAGGCCGGGAGGGCGACGUCCACGUCGGGGCGCGUGGCGGACGACGAGCGGGUCGCGGGGGCGACGACGGCGUCCUCGCGGGUGCGGCGGGGCGCGCGGCUCGCGGCGGCGCAGCUGCAGGAGGUGUUCCUGGGCACGAGGCUGUUCCCGCUCUUCUCCGCCGUGCCGCUCGCCGUCGCCGCCCAGCUCCUCCGCCUCGGCCGGGCCUGGGUGUUCGUUUUCAGCUUGAUAGGCAUGGCCCCCCUUGCCGAACGUGUGAGCUUCUUAAGCGAACAUAUUGCCGAUACCGCAGGACCAACAGCUGGUGGGAUUCUGAAUGCAACAUGUGGGAAUGUACCUGAACUUAUUAUUGCACUCUUUGCUCUGCAUAAGGAGAAGAUGGAAAUCUUGAAGUGGUCACUUUUAGGUUCCAUAUUAUCCAAUUUGCUGCUUGUUCUUGGUUCUUCCCUCCUGUGUGGUGGGCUUGCAAAUACGGGCAAAGAACGUCCGCUAGACAGGAGACAAGCAGAUGUGAGCAUAGGCCUUCUGAUGCUGGGUGUGCUCUGCCACAUCUUACCUCUACUGUCUAAAUACACCAAUUGCACUGGAGAUAGCAUAAGUUCAUCAGGUUCGGUUCUGGAAUUAUCAAGAUUAAGUGCCAUUGUAAUGCUCACUGCCUACUUUGGAGGCCUCAUCUUUCAGCUAAAAACCCAUCGUCAAAUUUUUGAGCGAGAGGACAACUCAGAGAGCACCAACAAUGAUGAUGAUGGCAGUUCAGUUAUAGGAUUUGCCAGUGCAGUAAUCUGGUUGAUUGGGAUGACUGUAGUCAUUGCUGUGCUAUCUAAUUACAUUGUCACUACAAUUGAGGAAGCAUCAGAGUCACUAGGUAUUCCACUCAGGUUCAUCAGCAUUAUUCUACUUCCAAUUGUUGGAAAUGCUGCUGAGCAUGCAGGCGCUAUCAUAUUUGCUUUCAAGAACAAAAUAGAUAUCACCCUGGGCAUUGCUCUUGGUUCGGCUACUCAAAUUUCGCUGCUUGUGGUGCCCAUCAUUCUGAUUGUAUCUUGGGUGAAUGGCAUCCCUAUGGAUCUCGACUUGAAUCUUCUUGAGACUGGAUCAUUGGUUAUGACUGUAUUUACAACAGCAUUUAUGCUUCAGGAUGACAAAUGGCAUUACUUGAAAGGCUUCAAUUUGACACUUUGUUACCUUGUAAUAGCAGUGUGCUUCUUCACCAUAAAGGCCCUCCCAACACCAAAGAAAGUACAUGCCUGAGUUGCUUAAGGAGAUGCUGAAUCAAAGAAGGCUCAUGCCUGAGCUGCUUAAAGAGAUGUUGUCCAUGUUUGGAAUGAAAUUGAGGCACGUCAGUUCAAGGUAGUAGACUGGCGUUCCCUGAAGCUCCUGAUGAUCAAGCUGUUGUUGAACACGACGGUGACCAACAUAUUUGACACUACAUGCGACCGUUCGUUCUGUGGAAGUAUUGCUGACAAAAUGUGACUCGUUCUAUUGUUUCUCCCUUAAUAUUACUGACAAAUUAAGUGCGGUCGGAUGCUCCAAGGAAGCUAAUUUUAGGAAGUGAUGUAACUAUUGUUUUU